AUGCAAAAUGUCGUUCACCGACAAGAAGAGAAACGCCAGGCUAACCCAGGAGCCAAUGUCAAUGUGAACGCUACCAAUCCCAUCAUGGGAAAUGGGUUUCUGAUUGUCACUCAGGCCCAUGCUGAAGGGAUGCCUACCAAUCUGAAUGCUGCUCACACUUACCAUGUCCCUAUCCAUGGGGGUUCUCGAGCUGGUACAGAGGACCACGAUGGAGACUUCUUCAUGCCCAGGAAUGAAUCGGUGUGCGAGCCUUUUGGACCACCACAGACCGAACUUGAAAGGAAACUCAAAAUGAUGUACGAAAGAGUCCGAGCCAUUGAAAGUCCUAACACCUUCGGGCUGGAAGCUGCUGACAUGUGCUUAGUCCUAGGGGUCAAGAUCCCAGUUAAAUUCAAAGUACCUACCUUCGAGAAGUAUUACGGGACUACCUGUCCCAAGACCCAUAUCAGGUCCUACUGUAGGAAAAUGGCGGCUUAUUUAGGAGACGAAAAGCUACUGAUACAUUUCUUCCAAGACAAUCUCAGCGGAGCAUCCCUGGAAUGGUACAUGCAGCUUGGACGCUCGCAUGUGCGUUCUUGGAGAGAGUUAGCUGAAGCUUUCUUGAAGCACUACCAGUAUAACACCGACAUGGCGCCUAAUAGGACACAACUUCAAAGUUUGACUCAGAAAUCUGAAGAAUCCUUCAAAGAAUAUGCACAGCGUUGGAGGGACCUAGCUGCUAGGGUCCAGCCUCCCAUGCUUGAGAAGGAACUGGUUGAUAUGUUCAUGGGUACACUCCAAGGCCCAUACCUGGACCGACUGAUAGGAAGUACUUCUGCCAGCUUCUCUGAUCUCGUUGUUGCUAGAGAACGGAUCAAGAACGGUCUGAAGACUGGAAAAAUCCAAGGUCCUGAUGUUGCUUCUAAUGGGACAACGAAACCCUAUAGUGUUUUUCCCAAGAAAAAGGAGGGAGAAACCAAUGCUGCGUCAACCUUCAAGGGGAAAGGUAAAGCUUACCAAACCCCAUACUAUCAAGUUGCAAAAGUGACUCCCAACAAAUAUCAACAAUAG